UUUCGAAAAAGAUUUUGCGUCAGUUUGUCUGUGGUUUUACUGACGGACAUCUGGGAGUAAUCGAUCAUUCACUACUCAUUCGGUGACGAAACGGCGGAGCGUUGCAAUGUCGGUUAUAAUUCGGCUAUUUUUGGUGAGUUUUCUGUGCACCGGUAUAAGUGCGGCCGAAGGAUGCUUCGGGUACGAAUUGCUGGUAGAGAGACUGGAAAACUUGGAAAAUAGACUUACGAAUUUGCUAGCCACGAGUCAAGACGUCGUCAAUGGAAAGAUAAACGAAUUAAGUAAAAACAUUGCAGCGGGUAAUUUGAGGAUUUCGGCCGGUUCGGUUAAAAUUCAAAAUGCAACCGAUGAAAAAUUCAGUACAAUCACGUCAAAAAUAAAUGAUCAAAAUUCAAGACUGGAGAAGAUCGAAUCGAUGGGCAAAGCUGUGGUCAAAAUGCUGGAGCAAAGUCACAGCGGGAUCGAGACUAAACAUUCACGUUUGACAGAACGACUGACGACACUGGAAACAACCGGGGACGCCAUUUUGUCGCGGCAAAGAUCGGCGGAAAGCAGAAUCAACGAGCUCACUGCGGGCAUUUCCACGUUGGGCAACCAAUCGCGACAAAUUCUCAAGAAUCACAACGAUUUGGUGGUUGCUUCAUGUGACAUGCCUACAAUAUCCGGAAUUUACCGGUUGCAAAAACCAAACAUGAACGUAUUUUGCGAUGCGGUGGAUGCUGGAGGACGUUGGCUGUACAUCCAGCGACGAAUCAGUGAUGAUGUUAUUGAUUUCGAACGCAAUUGGUUCAAUUAUGUGUCGGGAUUUGGCAAGAUUGGCGCAUUAUCAAGUUUUUGGCUUGGGUUGGAAGCCCUCCACCAGCUUACAAGCAGUGCAAAUUACGAGCUUUUAAUCGGCAUUAAAAAUGAACACAACGUAUUCCGGGAGGCUCGCUAUUCUGAAUUUAAGGUGUCUGGAGCAAACGACGGCUACCGACUGACGGUUGGAGGUUACUCUGGAACGGCAGGUGACAUGCUUCACAACAACGCGAAAUUUUCAACAUUCGAUCGAGAUAACGAUUCGAGCAGCACUAAAAACUGCGCAAAAGAUUUUCACAGUGGGUGGUGGUUUGACAAUUGUAGAAAUAGUAAUCUCAACGGACCCUACCAGAAAGCAAGCAACGGGUACGGCAUCGAAUGGGGAUCCUGGGCUGACGCAGCUAAAUUCAGCAAAAUGAUGAUUCGUCGAAAGUGAAGUUUUGAAUUUGGCUGUACCGAAAAAAAAUGGAGCAUGCUCUCUUUUAAAUGUAAAUCCAAGGUUGUAGCGGAACAAUUCUCUACGAAAUAUGUUUUAAUCCGGCUGAAACUUUUGUGAUGCUUUCGGAAAGCCCAAAGAAGCCAUUUUGCAUCAUAAGUUUGUCCAUAUAAUUUUCCAUACAAAUUUGGCAGCUGUCCAUACAAAAUGAUGUAUGAAAAUUCAAAAAUCUGUAUCUUUUGAAGGAAUUUUUUGAUCGAUUUGGUGUCGUCGGCAAAGUUGUAGAUAUGGAUAAGGACUACACUGAAAAAAAAAAUGAUACACGGUAAAAAAAAAAAUUGGUGAUUUUUUAUUUAAGUUUUUGUCACUAAAACUUGGUUUGCGAAAAAACAAUAUUUUUAUUUUUUUUUUAUUUUUAUAUAUUAUCUAGGGGGCAUGAAUUGCCAACUUUUCAGAAAUUUCCAGUUUGUGCAAAAAAUCUUUGACCGAGUUAUGAUUUUUUUACUCAAUACUGAUUUUUUUCAAAAAUUCGAAAUAUUGGUCGCAAAAAUUUUUCAACUACAUUUUUCGAUGUAAAAUCAAAUUUGCAAUCAAAAAGUACUCUCAAGUUAAAUCCAUUUUUAGGUGACUUUUUUGAAAAAAAGCCGCAGUUUUUCAUUUUUUUUAAAUUAGUGCACAUGUUUGCCUAUUUCUGAAAAAAAUAUUCUUGAAAAGCUGAAAAAAUUUUCUAUAUUUUGCAUUUUUGAACUUUGUUGAUACGACCUUCAGUUGCUGAGAUAUUGCCAUGCAAAGGUUUAAAAACAGGAAAAUUGAUGUUUGCUAAGUCUCACCCAAACAACCCACCAUUUUCUAAUGUCGAUAUCUCAGCAACUAAUGGUCCUAUUUUCAAUGUUAAAACAUGAAACAUUCAUGAAAUUUUCCGAUCUUUUCGAAAAAAAUAUUAAAAAAAAAUUAAACACAAACUGGAAUUUUCUGAAAAGUUGGCAUUUUAUGUCCCCUAGAACAUAUAAAAAAGGUGUUUUUUUGCAAAUCAAGUUGUAGUGACAAAAAGUUAAAUAAAAAAUCACCAAUUUUUUUUACCGUGUAUCAUUUUUUUUCAGUGUAAUCCUUAUUCAUACCUACAACUUUGCCGAAGACACCAAAUCGAUCAAAAAAAUCCUUCAAAAGAUACAGAUUUUUGAAUUUUCACACAUCAUUUUUGUAUGGACA